AUGCCGAGAUCGUCAGUGCCCAAGCCCGGGCCGGCAAAGCUCAGCGCCAAUGCCGGCCUCGACGAAUGGCUCGAGGAAGCCAAGCAGUGUCAUUAUUUGCCUGAGUCGGUGAUGAAGCAGCUCUGCGAGAUUGUUAAGGAAGUUUUGAUGGAGGAAAGCAACAUCCAGCCCGUUGUCACUCCUGUCACAGUAUGCGGAGAUAUCCACGGCCAAUUCUACGAUUUGCUUGAGCUUUUCCGGGUCGCUGGCGGUAUGCCAGGAGAGACUGCCCUCGAAGCGCCCAAGAGUACCAAACCCAUCAUCAGCGCCGACAUGAUUGAGCCACCUACCGAGAUCACAAACCCGAGGCUGCGCAAAAAGAUCAAGAUGCGCCGAAACAGCAAGGGCGAGAGCAUCGAGACAGAAGCCGCCGAUGACGAUGACGAUGAUCAUUCUCCUGACCCGGCUGCUCAAAGUGCUUCCCGGCCCACAAGUCAGGAAGUUACACCGAGUGUGAACAACCCCAACAUGCGAUUCGUCUUCCUCGGUGACUUUGUGGACAGAGGCUACUUCUCCUUGGAGACAUUUACACUGCUCAUGUGCUUGAAGGCCAAGUAUCCCGAUCGUAUCAUUCUUGUCCGUGGAAACCACGAGUCUCGUCAAAUCACACAAGUUUAUGGCUUUUACGAGGAAUGCCAGCAGAAAUACGGCAAUGCCAGUGUAUGGAAGGCAUGCUGUCAAGUCUUUGACUUCCUGGUCCUGGCAGCCAUUGUUGACGGCGAAGUACUCUGUGUACACGGUGGACUGUCACCCGAGAUUCGCACUAUCGACCAAAUUCGUGUUGUCGCUCGAGCACAGGAGAUUCCUCAUGAGGGCGCCUUCUGUGAUCUUGUCUGGAGUGACCCUGAAGACAUUGAUACAUGGGCAAUCAGUCCACGUGGCGCUGGCUGGCUUUUCGGAGACAAGGUCGCGACAGAGUUCAACCACGUCAAUGGACUCAAACUGAUCGCUCGAGCCCAUCAACUGGUCAAUGAAGGCUACAAAUUCCACUUUCCGCAAAACUCGGUUGUGACAGUGUGGUCGGCGCCCAACUACUGCUACCGCUGUGGAAAUGUAGCAUCCAUCAUGACGGUCGAUAAGAAUUUGGACCCCAAAUUCAGCAUCUUCUCGGCUGUGCCGGAUGACAUGAGACAUGUUCCUGCUGGCAGGCGUGGACCAUCCGACUAUUUCUUGUAG